AAACGUACUAAACAAACAUCAUUCGAUUGAUAACGACACAACAAUAUUUAAUAUGCUAAAACAAUAUCGUAUACAAAUAAAAUAAAAAUGGACGGUCUGCCUUUUAUACCGGGAUUUCGUUUUAAUGACCUAACAAAACAAUAUUUCAAUUUGAGUGCUCAGUUCCAUUGGAAAAACGGAUAUGCUCUUCCCAAAGCCAAGUCAACGGGUAUAGGAAAGAGUCCACUAGACGUUGAAACCAUUUUGUAUGGUCAAAAUUUUGACGUCGCUGGUUACGAUCCAACAUUGACAUAUGGAAAAGCUAAAGACCCUCCGAAACCAAUUGAAUUACCACAUUUCGUAAAGCUCGAUAGAAAAUGUCUGUCUUUUAAUGGAUAUACCCAACAUACUAUAACAAAUUCGCCAAUAGAGACAUUUCGAGUGCGCAAAGUUAAAAUUACAUACUUCUUGGUUGAUGACACUAUUGCCGUCGUGGAGCCCGUUGUCAAGAACGCGGGUUAUGUCCAAGGGUGUGUACUAAAACGCAGUCAAAUACCGAAUCCCUAUCGCGAAGGUAGACCUUGGCACUGGUCCGACUUCAUCAUCGGCGAGGAAAUCAAUUUUUACGGAAUCGCGUACAGGCUGUGCGGCUGCGACCUGUACACCAGAAACUAUUUGACUAGCAUGGGCGUAGUGGUGAGCGAAAAUUUACCGGUGAUCGAUGACCCUUACACCGCAAUCAGAGAGAAGAAACAAAACGAACAAUCGAAACUGCCAACGUUGUCGUCCGACGGUAAGUCUGCAGAGGACAAGCUCAGGCAGUUUUUGGAAUAUGACGGAAAAGUGUUGAGAUUCUACGCGAUUUGGAAUAGUGACAUUUCGGAUCCCACAGAUUUCAAAUACUUCACAAUCGUUUAUUACCUAACUGACGAUCGGUUAGAAAUCAGUGCAUCAAAAACCAUGGGUAAUAAUUGUGAACUGAAUCCAUCAGCCGUAUUUUUAAGCAAAAUGAAAUUACCCAAACAUUGGUCAAAUUUACCACCCAACUUCCCAUCUAUUUAUUUAGAAGCAGGAAAUGAAGAAUAUCAAGAAUAUUAUCGACCAAGAGAUUUCAUAAUUGGAAAUACAAUAAGUGUGAUGGGUCGUAGGUUUAUGUUGUAUGACUGUGAUCCGUUUACUAGAGAUUACUACAAAGAUAUGUUGAAAAUUAUUCAACCUGAACCCAUCCAAACAAUAAAUCUAAAAAAAGAUAAUUUAACUGUGGCUCGACUGGCGAUACCACCUCAUACUGGUAUUGGUGAUCCAAACGAUACACGCCAAAAUUGUUUAUCACUUGUACCUAAACCACCAAAAACUUUGGACUUUGUUACGUUUGUGCUUAACGCAACUAAAAAGCUUAGGUAUAAAUUGAAGAUGGUACCUGUGUAUGAAGUGGACAGUCUUCGUGAUUUUAUUAUGGAAUAUUGCAUUGGCAAUGAUCAAAUGUGCAUAGUUGAAUUAGCUAGUAAGAAUAGUGGAUUUAUUAAAGGACGGUUCAUGUCAGCAGCGCGGUUACGGAAACCCAAUACCAGUGUAGAUUCAAAUCAGUUCUAUGGGCCUAAAGAUUUUGCUAUCGGUGCUGAAUUGCAUGCAAAAGGUUUAGUUUUCAUAAUUACUGAGUUGGACUUGUGGUCGUACAAUUAUAUGAAUGAAAACAAGGAUAUGUUCACCCAAGAAGCCAUUGAUGGAGCUAAACGUUUUUUAGAAAGUAAAAAUUUGUUAAACAAUAAAGAAAAUGUGGAAAAUCAAGAAAAUCAAAUAGCAGUGCCCGAAAGUACACCUAUUGUAUCGGCCACCUAAUUUAAAAAAAAUGGUUACGAUUUUUUUGUGUGUUCAAAAAUAAACUUCAAUAAAUAUCAUCAAAAAGUUAA